UGGUCUGGAUCCAUGCUGGUCGCAAACCCAUUAUGUUGGUUUUGUCAUAACACGGCUCAUAUUAUGAUGCAAAGCUUAAAUUUAUACACUCAUUGAGGAUGUUUAUUUCAUAACAAAUAAGUACCUUAAAAUAUUUAUACAGUUUUCAUUUAUCAUCUGUUCUUUGAAUUAAUUUCAAUUUCAUUAGUAUUUAUAUGUGUGUUUUUAUUAUAUAUUUCAGAAGUUAAAGAUGGUCUCUUUGAAUUCUACAAAACAAGACACAGUAAAAUAUUCCUGUCGCCUCUUUUUGAAGAGAAAGACACACCGUUGGCUUCUUUCUAUAUCAGACCGGAACUGAGCUCAAUACUCUCAACAUCGACGAGAAAUGAUGAAAAAAUACCAGUCAAAUCGUUAUCGGAGAUAUUCAAAUUUGACAAAACGGAAAAUCGAGAAAUAUAUGUACUCGCUGAUGCUGGGCUCGGAAAAACUGCAUUUUCAAAGUAUCUGGCUAAUGUGUGGUGUCAAGCUCAUUGCCCGGAUAAAGACUUAAAUGAACUUUUGUCAAAAGAUGAUAUAGACUGUAUGAAAGAAUUUGAUUUCUUAUUCCUUGUCUUAUUGCGAGAUUCGGACGAUUUGUGUUCUAUAGAUGAGCUCAUAUUUGAAAAGAUUGUUUCAAAUUUGGGUCUAGAAGAAACGCUUUCCAAAGAUAUCUUGCUUAAAAUUUUGAAGAAUGAGAAAUGCCUAAUUAUCCUUGAUGGACUAGAUGAAUGGAGUCACCCCGACAAGAAAUGUUACAGAUCGCCCCGAUCGAUCCCCCACAGGAAUGACCAAAAGAAGUGUACAAUACUGACCACCACGCGACCAUGGAAAUUAGGUGUUUUGGAUCUAAAUUCAUGCCAAUUAGGGAAAAAGAUAGAACUUACAAAACUGUGUUAUAACUCAUCGGUCACACUAACAAAAAGGAUAUUACAAAGAUGGAAGUCUUACCCGAACAAGGAUGCAUUACAUAGUGACGUCACACAGUUCAUGAAAACAAUCAAUAAGAGAGGAAACGACGAGCUUGCCUUUGUGCCUCUACUUCUAAUAUAUACAACCUGUUUAUGGUGCGAGGGUGUUCAAAUAGGAGAUUCAAAAUGUGAUCUUUAUAUAAAUAUAGUCGAACUUCUUUUAUCGAGAACGAUCAAGAUCCACGGUGAGCUUCCACAAUCACCGGAACUUUCUUCCAGUGACAUCCCAGAAUGCUUUGCUGAAUAUGACAACUGUACGAAAUACUACUCACUCCUGAUGCAUAUAGGGAAAUUAGCCUAUUAUACAUUAUUCAAUGAAACAAAAGAAAACACGCUAGUAUUUGAUGGAUCAAUUGCUAGAAAAAAUCUCACACAAGACGAGAUUAAAUUCACCCUUCACUCAGGAAUGUUGUCAGAAAGUACAUUUAAAACAGCCAGAAAAGAGUUUAGUAAAGUAUCGUUUUCUCACAAAACAGUGCAAGAAUUCUUUGCCGCCAUAUUUAUAAAUUCUCAAAGUGACGCUCAGAAAACUGUUGUAGAAAAAUGUAGAAAUGUUCAAGACAUUCUGGACAUGUCAAAAAUUUGUGAAUUUAUAAGUAAAAUGAAUGCUGACCUGAUGUGUGCAAUAUCAAAUGAUUUGAUGUCUGUGAUAAAUGAAGACGAGAAAACACGCGACUAUAGAACUAGGACAGGUAACGAGGGCAUAUACAAUAAUCCAUUGUAUAACAUACAGGAAAUGUUCAUGUCGUGUUUUCAAGAAAUGCCUGAAAGUGAAAAUAUUCAAUUAUGUUUACAAGAUUUCAUCAUUGAAGGGAUCACCAAGGUACACAGUGUGCAGUUACGACGUUUAUUAAAACAAAAUAAAACCAACAUAAAAUCACUUUAUAUAGACACCUACCGUACUUGCAGCAGUUUACGUAUAAUUAUAAAUUUAUUCUCUCUCACAGAUCUCAGUCAUAUACAGAAACUUGUCUAUCUUGGUGACAUCAUGGAGGAGAAGUUGGAGACUAAGAUAAGUCGGAUAUUUUUUCCCAGUUUACAGUACGUUACUUUGGUGUCGGGUACAUGGACAAAUGAUGAAGAAAGUCUCAGUGAAAACAUGGCGCGAUGUCAAAACUUACAAUAUUUAUAUAUUGACAACUUCACGUUAUCUCACAAAAUACUGGAAACAUUUUUCAAUUUUAUCUCCGGUCAAAAAUCAAUGAAAGAGUUAACAUUGGAAUGGUUAAACUGUAAAGAACAUGGCCGCCAUGAUUGUAAGAGAUGGAACUUGGACUUGUCUCAACAUUCAACUCUAUCAAAGUUAUACUUGUUUUCGUUACCUUGGAGGCUACAAUUAAAUAUAACAACACCGUCAUUAGUUUAUGUUAUGUUGUGGUACAUCAAUCUAGAUGAAAGUUCAUUGUUACUGUCACGUGACAUGUUGAAUAUUGAACAUGUGGAGUUGAAGGGGAUAGAAAUGUCUGCAGGAAGUUUACAGAACUUUAUUUCCGUGCUGAAAAAUCUGCCGCAGUCAGUUACAGUAGUGAUGGAAGCCAUUAAACCGGAAACAGAGUAUGACCGUGUUAGAGAAAAUAUUCGGAGAUCACAAACUUUUCAUGUGAUACGAGAGGGCAGGUUGGGGCUGCAGCCAUUUGAGUUCAAAACAAUAAAACCAAGCAAAGAAUAGACAUGGAAAAACAUUAUGAAAUAAAUUGAAGACAUUACUUAAAUGAUUUUAAUUAAUAAAAACAAUUUAAUUAUGGACACUUAGAAACAAAAUGGCGGCUCUUCAAACUUUAACAAGGACACAUGUACUUUCGUUUUCAAUUAAUAAUUUAAGUGACAAUUGUUUAUAAAUAAAAACAUUUAAAUAAUAGAAAUAAUUCAAGGAAGUUUUUACGGAAUUCAAUGGAUAUAAAAGUUGGAUUAGGAUAUGGAAAUAUUUAACAGCGGCCAUGGAUCAAAAUUGUUGUGAUGCAGAAUCUCUUGUGACAUUUUACAAUAUGGAUUUGUGUAGUUACAGAUUAUUUCGAGCAAUAAAAAUACCAUGUUCCUUUGUUGACAAGAAAAUCAGCUCAAGUAAAUCUACAGCAACUAUGCUUCUACUAGAGUCCAAUAUGAAUUAUACUUAACACCUGGUUCCUGGCUUUGCAGAAAUAUAUCCAAAAGAAAAUUGUUUAAAAACAGUGCAUCACCAAUACCUUGUACAAUCUUCUAGUUCCUAAAUGCUGAAACAAAGACAGACCAGCAAACUUUUGCAUCGUUUGUACUUAAACUUGUUUUCUUCAAGGAGAAUUUACAUCUGUAAAGGAAGUUCUUACCAUGGCCGCUGUCAAAUAUUUGAAAAUAUCCUUCUGGAAACAUUGUUUGUGAACUACUCACAUACCUUUAGAAAACAGAAAUAAAACUUGUAAAAAAAGUUUGUAAUUAAAGUGGAUUGGUCUACAAUUUGCACAUUUUCCAACAAGACCACAAUUAGACAAUAAGAUAUAUGCAUUUUUGAUAGAUUUUGGAACUGUUGAUAGAGUUCUAAAAUGAUUUAGUAUGAACACAAUAUAUGGUGAAUUAAUUAUAACAUUUUGUUCUAAAAAACUCUAUUAUAUGUUAUCUAUUAAUAUAUUGUUCGGAUCAUUUAUCCAACAGUCUUGCCAACAACACCGAUAUACAUUUUUUGUGGUUUGCUUUAACAUACAUGUAUCAAACUAAAUACUAACUAUAAAAAUAAUUAUUUAUGGUACAUGUAUUUAGAUCUUCCAUUUUAGACCAAUUCACUUUAAAGAAAGUAUGAUUGAAAUUGUUUUUAUUUUAAUAAGAUUAAAUUAUGUGUUCCGCUAUUUUAGAGUGAAAUAGUUAAACAUAUCACUACAUAAUGACAAGCUUUGAAAAAAAUCAUUACUGGGGUCCUACAUAUUACCGGACAAUCAGUUUACCGGACAAAAGCUAUUCAGGUCAAAAAGUGUUGUUGUUUUUUGCUUUGAUUAAAAAAUCAUACAGUCUAAAUCGUACACACACUUUUUAUUUCAAAGUAAAUAACAACAAAACCACUCUCAUGUAAAUAUUGUUGAUUCAGUUCUUUAUCUACAAACAUGCCCUUUUGUUUACUAGUUAUUUCAUGACAUGGUCAUGCGGGGGAAAUAAUCUGUUCUGCGCAGGCCUGAAUAUGGAGACUGUGCCUUAAUGGGUUAUUUUAGAUAGGUUUUACUUUUAUUCUUCUCACCGUUAUUACAGGAGACAAUCGUAACAUAUUUUAAUGAUUAAAAAAAUUUAAAUUUAGUCCAAACAGUAUCUCGUUGUUGUCAUUUACAAAGAAAUGCAAAUUAAAAGCCAUAUAAGGAAAUGGGUUAUGCACAUGGGAGGAAACUCUAUUACAUGAAUAUUAAAUCAGAUAGAUUUUAUGGCUUUUGUAACAUGCUACAUGAUGACCAAAAGGAAACAGUAUGACAAAUAACAGAAUUCCAUUUGAACAUCAAAUUAUUUCAUAUGUUUAGAUUCAUGAAGAACCAAUACGUUAAUUGAGUUAAUAGUGUUAAUUUUAAUUACAUCCCAUAUAUUGACCUUUUCGUAAAUUGCGUAUCUGCCGUGUCUAGUUUUACAGACAUAUUGUUUUUUUCCAAUAUCUUAACCUUGUCUUUCAAUCGUCGUAGUUUCCUCGAUUUUGUCUCUCUUAUAAUGCCCUACUUUAAAGACACAUCUCUACGGUCAAAUGUUUAAUUUCAUGUUUGUUAAAGUAAUGUUUACUUGCAUUAUGAACCCAAUAUUAUUUGGGUAAAUUCCAUUCUUUUUUAUUGUUUUAAAUAAAAGUUUCAGCGAAAAAACAUCAUAUUUUGUCCGGUAAUAUUAGGAUCCCAGUAUAUUGAUUGAACAAUUUUCAGUAAUUUUGAUAAGUUUAAGUUUGUUGAUUUGCUACUUUUUACGCUUACAAAAAGGAAAAUCAAAUUUGAAAGUUGCAAUAUAACUACAGAGAAAUUAAUUAGAGCAAUUGUUUAUAUGUUGCAUUUUGCUACUUGUUAUAUCUUAAUUUAGACAAGGUCUUUAAAAUAGAAUGGUCUAGAGUCGGACCAAUUUCACUGUUCAAUUGCAAAAUAGAAAUUAAUUUUACAAAGAAAAAUGUUGUUUAAUCUUAUCAUGUGAAGAUUUUAUAAUAUUUCAUAAUGUCAUUUACAAAUAUUUGAUGUUAAAUUUGAUGUAUUUCCAAAAUGGCGCCAUUUGUUUGCAAACAUUCUAUUUAAGAAAUAAUAUAUCCCAAACUGUGAUUUUCCGAUGCGAGGAAUUAUAUCACGAGGGCGUAGCCCGAGUGAUAUAAUGAUGCGCAUCCGAACGACAAACAGUGAUGUUAUCAAGCGAUAAAAUCACUGAUCUGGAUAUAUUAUUUUGAUUCUAACACGACAUCAACAAAUUAAUGCUGCCGUACAUUACAAUUAGCUUAAUCGCGCCUGAUUUGUUUCCGUACUUAUUGUCAGCGCGUCACAUUUUUAGUGGUUACGUCACAUGUAUAAUGAUUACGUCACUUGUCUAAAUAUAGAAAGUCAAACAGUGAUUUUAUAGCAUAAUAACACACACUCUCGGUUCUUCUAUGUUCAAUAGGGAAAAAUGCGGGUCAUGUUAGAAUUUUCAAUAGAUCAUGGCUUUAUCACAUUAUUUUCUGAAAUAUUUAUCUUUCUUUCACAUGUUUAAAGAUUUUUAAAGCACACCAUGUUGCCAGAAUAUUCAUGUUUGCUCCUAUAUUUAGCUUUUGCCCUGUUCUUGAACACUUACAUAAUCUACAUAAUCAGCGUAUAGAAAACUGUACUGAGUUAUACCAAGAGAUACUAAAUUGUGGCGAGAAGAAUUAACAUAGCGCCUUUCCAGACCAUUCUAUUUUAAGAUAAAAAUAUAUCAUUGGUUGGAUGACUCAACAAGUUAUAUGACCUAGAUUAAAUGGCUGUAAUUUAAUAUAACCGAUGCUUUCGGGCUAUAAUAGAAAACAGUUUUUAUAUAAUUAACCGUAUUAACUUUCAAAAGUCUUUAAGGAAUUUAUAAAACUACACAAAUGCCUCCUUGGUUUAAUAAAGAGAGGUGAAAAAAGUAUCUUAAACUUUCAGUAGAUGUGUGCUUAAGUGGUGUAAAGCUAUAGUUAUAGUUUGAUCUGUAUAUUUGUACAUAAUAUAUUAAUGUAUUGCUUAUCCAUGUUCUAGUCAGAUUUGAUAUUGUUUUUUUUUUUCAGUUAAGUAUAUACAGAUGUUUAUAGUUAUCUGUAAGUUUUAAUACUAUUUUUUUGUGUUUGAGGUACUGUGUAUCUCAUUGUCAAACUAGUAUGUUUAUAUGCAUGUACAUAAUUUAUAUUUAGUGAUCAAAAAAUGACAUGUAUAUUAUUUACCUAUGUAUAUGUAAUAAACAUACAUUAAGGUAACACAAUAAGGAUACAUCCAGAAGGAUGGGAUAUUGUCAUGCUACUAUGACGUGAAAUAUGGCAAAUUAGGGUCAUCAUGGCCUUCUUGUUACUUUAAGAGAUGUUUUUUUGUGUGUAUAUGUAUAUAGUUUCCAUAGUAUUAUUUUGUAUAAUUUACAAAGAUUAGUAUUUUUGUAUUAUGUAUAAGUAUUCAAUAUAUAUCCUGUUCUCAUAUCAGUAAUAAUACUCUCAUACAACAAAGUUGUAAAGAUUGUAAUAAUUACUUUUAUCACACACCCGUGCCGAUUUUGCGACUCCGUAAAUAAUGUAUUGCACGGCCAUGCAUAUAUUUUGACGUGACGUCAUAAGCGUUACACAAACAUAGUGUAAAGACGCGCUAAAUAUUAGCGUUAAACCAUAGGCGCUUCAAUGAAAAAUGACUCUUUAUAUUUCACUGUAAACGGUCUUUAUUUUGGGUAUGUGAUAAAUAGAAUAUUAAAUUCUUGUAAGUCAUUACUGAAUUUAUUGUACUCGUUGAGAGGCUAGCAUAAUAUAAUUUUAUUCAACUUGUGCAAUAAAUUCAGUAUUGAAGUUACACUCAUUCAAUAUCCUCUAUAUACUUGGUUUAUUAGGGUCAUCAUGACCGUCUUGUUCACUUUUAUGAUUUUUGUAUACAUAGUUUCCUUAGAAUGAUUUUGUAUAAUUUACAAAGAUAAGUAUUUUUUUAUUUUGUGUACAUAUUUGCAAUAGAAGAGAGGCUGUUGUAAAACUAUUUGAAGCUUUAUAUUAAAAUGUUAUGAUGAAAAUUUAUAAA